GAGUCCCCCUCUCAUUUCUUGUAAGUCUGGUGAUUUGAUGGUAAUACCCUCGGUGAGGUCCGUGCGAACACUGCAGCUUCUUUAAUUGUGGGGGGCGAAGAAGGAAACCCAGAACCCAGUGGUCUUGAGUGCUCUCUUUUCCCUACAGAGAUGACUGGCUAGCUGCUGUGCUGCUCCAUGCCCUGGCCCUCACUGCCCUGUGAUUUCAGAUAACAAACACAAGAAGUGACUCACAAAACGUGUGGUGAGAAACCAAAAGCAGCUUGCCUUGAGUCCUCAAGAUCACAAUCGACUGGUUGGUACUUCAUAAUGAUGCAUUAAGAAACUGGAUACGGUGCCAAAAGAACUCCAUGCAUUUCCACGAUACUCUUGGAUCCUGACUGAGAUACCUUUGGAUUAUAUAUAGAUUUCUGUUCCAAGGAGAAGAGUGCACGCUCACCUCCCUUUCUGCCAGCUUGCUGGCAGAGGUGCUUUACUAAGAUCAUGGACCAUCCCAAUAGGGAAAAGGAUGAAAGGCAGCGGACGACGAAAGGGAUGCCAGGGAGGAGCAGUCACGGCUCCCGGCCGAGCUCAUCUGCGUCUUCUGGUGUUCUUAUGGUGGGACCCAACUUCAGAGUGGGCAAGAAGAUUGGGUGUGGGAACUUUGGCGAGCUCAGACUAGGCAAAAAUCUCUACACCAACGAAUAUGUAGCGAUCAAACUGGAACCAAUAAAAUCACGUGCACCACAACUCCAUUUAGAAUACAGAUUUUACAAACAGCUUGGAAGUGCAGCUGAAGGGCUUCCCCAGGUUUAUUAUUUUGGACCGUGCGGAAAGUACAACGCCAUGGUACUGGAGCUGCUUGGUCCUAGCUUGGAAGAUUUGUUUGACCUCUGCGACAGGACGUUCACUCUGAAAACGGUAUUAAUGAUAGCCAUCCAGCUGAUCUCUCGAAUGGAAUACGUGCAUUCGAAGAACCUCAUCUACAGAGAUGUCAAGCCAGAAAACUUCCUUAUUGGCCGGCAAGGCAAUAAGAAAGACCAUGUCAUUCACAUCAUAGACUUUGGAUUGGCAAAGGAGUACAUUGACCCAGAAACCAAAAAACACAUACCUUACAGGGAACACAAGAGCUUAACUGGAACGGCGAGAUACAUGUCCAUCAACACACAUCUUGGCAAAGAGCAAAGUCGUCGAGACGACUUGGAAGCCCUUGGCCACAUGUUUAUGUAUUUCCUCCGAGGCAGUCUGCCCUGGCAAGGACUGAAGGCUGACACCUUAAAAGAGAGGUAUCAGAAGAUCGGGGACACAAAGCGAAACACUCCGGUUGAAGUUCUCUGUGAGAACUUUCCAGAGGAGAUGGCCACAUACCUCCGUUACGUUCGGCGAUUAGAUUUCUUUGAGAGACCAGACUACGACUACUUACGAACCAUCUUCACAGAGCUGUUUGAGAAGAAAGGCUACACCUUUGACUACGCCUAUGACUGGGUCGGCAGGCCAAUUCCUACUCCAGUGGGAUCUGUUCACGUAGAUUCCGGGACGUCUGCAAUAACGAGAGACAGCCACGUCCAUCGGGACCGGCCGUCACAGCAGGCGCUGCGCAAUCAGCAGGCGUCAUCCGAUCGCCGAGGAGAGUGGGAGAUCCAGCCCAGCCGGCAGACCAAUACCUCGUACCUGACAUCUCAUCUGGCUGCGGAUCGGCACGGAGGAUCAGUGCAGGUGGUUAGCUCGACCAACGGGGAGCUGAACGUGGACGACCCGACGGGGGCACACUCCAAUGCACCUAUAACAGCACAGGCAGAGGUGGAAGUGGUGGAGGAAGCUAAGUGCUGCUGCUUCUUUAAGAGGAAACGGAAGAAGACGGCUCAGCGUCACAAGUGACCGGUGCCUCCUGGGCCUUGCAGGAACACCACGUGCACCUGCGGCUCCUGCCCUGGCUAACUGGAAGGGGCUUCUCUUUAGGGGGAGGAGGAGGCAUAGGAGGAAGAGAAAAAAAAAAACACAAACAAGUGACAUUUUAAACCAAAAAGAGAAGAAAAUGUUCCAAAACAAACCACUCUCGGGUGGAUCUGCUGAAUGGUCUCCCUCGUUCACUCCAAGCCUGAUGCUCCUUUUGGGACCAGGACUGUGGCUGGCUCAGGUCUUGGUCGCCCCGGGAGGGGGGCUGGCUGGCUGACCCUCCUUCCCGUUGUUUACGGCGAAGGCAUCGUUCAUGCAAACCUGAGGACUGUGCUUAGUUCCUGCUCACUUUACCCCCCUCCCUCCCCUGCGCUCUCUGCUCCUCCGCCCUCCUCCCUCCUUAAUUAAGAAACGAAGCACCGUAGGCUCAAUUGGCUCUCGAGAGGGCAGGAGGAUGUGGUCGGGGCGCGAGAGUUGCGUGGGAGAAGGGCCUGACUGCUGCAGCAGUACGACACAGGUUCCCUUUUAGGCUCCUUGGGAACAGUUACACUGUAAUGUGCAAGCUGUGAGAAAUUUGCAAUCUACUGUUCCAGUUAGGUUUCCUGGCUCCCCUUGACACCUCCCUCCUCUGACGGUAACAGAGCAAUGUGGAUUGUUUUAAAGAAACUGACGUCGUUGCACUUUUUAUUAUUUUUAGCAUUACAGAUGCACAUUGUAUCUGUGGAUUUCUGCGUGGACCAGUGGUGCAAGCGCAGACAGACAUUCAGCUGGGAACGUUGGGGUGCAGAGUGCCCUCGAGUGGGGAUGUUGAUGACAUCCACACAACCCUUGUGCCAGUUUGGGGUUCUCGGAGCCCGCCCUGGGCCGUGCGCUGAGGAAAGCAUACUUGAAUUUUCAAUCACCCUUUCCAGCUGCCAGUGAAUGUCCCCACCAUGGUUUCCUACACCGUGCCUGACCCAAGCAGCCCACAGACAUGUUGGCAGCAGAGAGAGGCAGAUCAGGGUUAACAUAACUGGGAGCUGGUGCUUCCCAGACCGCAGGCAUCUCAGUGCAGGGCCAGGCAAGCACGCGGCCCUCCCCAGCCUUCCGGUAGGGUGGUUGUGAACACGCACCUUCCCUGGGGAAGUGUGAGGAGCAAAGCUUCCCAGGCAAAGUGGCAAUCCUUCACUGCCUUAAUACUGAUUUCAUCUCCAGAUGGUCGGAUGGCUUUGACUGGAACAGCCUUGACGUCCUCCCUGCGAGCUCCCAGCCCACGGGGAAGCCACGGUUUGCGUGCAGGCCAAACACACAGCUAGCAGCUAGCAGACAUGAUGGCUUGUGUCCUGCUGCCACGCUUCCCAACCCGGAGGAGGCUGAGGCUGCUCCUGGACGUGGCAGGGCUGUGGAAGAGCUCAGGCAGUUUUGGGGGAGUUUGUGAAUAAAUAGAUGCUCGUGCUCUGUGUUUCCAUGUGUGCCAUCUGACUGCACUGCAGCUGUUCGCUUGAGGGAUUUCACUAGCUGUAAACAUGGGCUUGUGCUCCCUGGGGAGUACAGAAGGAGGAGAGAGAGACGAGACCUCACAGCCUGUUGCGAGUGAUGAGCUGUGGGCUGGGGCUUGUGGCGUGGCACCCCAGGAGCUGCAGCUCCCUUCCCCGGCAGCCGGGCCGGGCGUUGCUCCUCGUGCUUCCUCGAAGCAGGUGUGAGGUCAGCACAGGAAGGCAUUGCUUCUGUGCCAGGAUCCCUCCGGGCCAUCCUUAGCCAUCUUUGCCUCUUGAUGCCUUACCUGCUGGAGCGCGGCUGUGAGCGUGGCCGCUCCUCCUGUCCCCAGCAGCCCCUCACGCUGCAGCCUGGCUCACUCUUUGCUUGCACAUCCUCUGGGAGCUGCACACACCCUCAUUCUCGCUCUGCAAAGUGCUUUCCUCGGGGCACACCGCAGGCUGGGGCAGGGAUGGACCUUCAAUCACCUGCACGCAAGAGCCAGAAGGCACUUUGUCUCUCUUCCCCUCUUGCUGGAGGGAGGACAGGGAUCAGCCAUGUUCCACCCUCCCCGUUCUGACCUCUGCUGCCUCCCUGCAGUUCCGUGUCUCUGGCACAGGCAUUCCCCUCUCUGCUGUAGGAAACCAUGGUUUGGCAUCUUGCGGGGGGAAAGGGGCACAGGCGCUCCCCAGGAGCAGCCAUGCGUGCUGCAGAUGGAGCUGGGCCUCGAGACACUUCUGUUGCUGCCCUCCCAAGCCCCACUAAGUGCCUGUCACCAGAACUCGAUUCCUUCUGCAUCUCCUGCCGUGUUUGGUCAUUCCUUGCUGCGUCCGCCCCAGGAGCAGUUUGUAGUUGCAGCAUCUGUAAGUGUUUGCAGGGUGAGGGAGGGCUGGGGGAGAAGGGGCCAUCUCAACAGUUUCUGUUCUUAAAUGUUUUUUUUUUUUUUUCCUGUUGUUACUUAUUUGGUUUUCUGUUUCUGUUUUUUUGUUUUGUUUUUAAAGUGAAUGUAUUUGAUUGUUUAGAAACUUUCCUGACCUUGUUUUUAAAUGGGUUGGUUGGAAAGCUGUUUCACCACGACCCGCUCUGCUUAUCUCUGGAGAUACGAUGUUCUUUUAAUCCUAUGAUGAUGUGUUUGUAGGGGAGGACGGUCCCCCCACGGCAUGCUGGUAAUGCUCACUUGUACCAAGCCCUCUUGCACUAUAAUCGUAUGUUGGACUCUUCGACAGGGCAAAGGUGGUGGUUUGUUUUGUUUUGUUUUGUU